GAGAGAGGCCUUUGUGGCCCCUGUCUUAAGACGUGCAGCCAAGCCACGGCUGCCACUGCUCUCUGACCAGGCCCACUGCAGGCAGCAGCAGCCCCAGCGGGUGCAGCAGCAUGGAGCUUUGGGGGACCUACCUGUUCCUCUGCCUCUUCUCCCUCCUGACCCAGCUCACCGCUGAGACACCAGCCCCCAAGGUCAAGAAGGCAGCAAAUGCCAAGAAAGAUGUGGUGAGCCCAAAGAUGUUUGAGGAGCUCAAAACCCAGCUGGACAGCCUGGCCCAGGAGGUGGCCCUGCUGAAGGAGCAACAGGCCCUGCAGACGGUCUGCCUAAAGGGCAUCAAGGUACACAUGAAGUGCUUUCUGGCCUUCACCCAGCUUAAGACCUUCCACGAGGCGAGCGAGGAUUGCAUCUCGCGCGGGGGCACCCUGGGCACCCCGCAGACGGGCAACGAGAACGACGCCCUCUACGAGUACCUGCGCCAGAGCGUGGGCGACGAGGCCGAGAUCUGGCUGGGGCUCAACGACAUGGCGGUGGAGGGCUCCUGGGUGGACAUGACCGGCGGCGGCAUCGCCUACAAGAACUGGGAGACGGAAAUCACCGCGCAGCCCGACGGCGGCAAGGCGGAGAACUGCGCCGCCCUGUCCGGCGCGGCCGCCGGCAAGUGGUUCGACAAGCGCUGCCGCGACAAGCUGCCCUACAUCUGCCAGUUCGGGAUCGUGUAGCCGGGGCCGGGGACCGU